AUGUAUUUGGAGUCAAUGUUUGUUGAGAAUCACUGGCCCAAUCUACGAGUACCAAUGCUUGUAAUGCUCUUUGUAAUUCUUUUUGGCAAAACUAAGGGGAACAUGGGCCGUUCGCCAAGUCCGCGGCGGCGUGAUGAAAGACGCGACAGACGGGACAGAGACCGAGAUAGGGAUCGUGAAAGAAGACGGCAGCGAACUCGAUCCCGAUCGCGGUCCCUAGAAAGGAGACGUCGGUCUCCAGAUCGACGGCGGUCUCCAUCCCCACGCCGACGGCGAUCGAGAUCACCCUCGCCAAUUCCUACUACCUCCUUCGUGCCAAAGCCCAAAAAGGCGUUUGGCGAGCGGCCUAUUGUCACGCCCGCGGACUUGGAAGGAAAAACUCCUGAAGAACAAGAAAUGCUCAAGGUAAUGGGUUUUUGCGGUUUUGACACUACAAAAGAACUAAAAAUGGCAAACCGAGAUCAGCAAAUUGAGUUAAGGUUAUUGGAGGAAGAUGAAGACAUUUUAGAGGAUACUCCAUGUUCUGAUGAUGAAGAGUCGGAUUAUCUAGAAGUCCAGGGUGAAAAUACGGACUCAGAAGAAGAUAGUGAUCAUGAUUUAGGUGAAUUUGAGUUGAACUAA